AUGCCUCACUACACAGUCCCAAUCGAGUCGCAGUCUGGCCGUAACUCCCCCAAACCGCCUCCUGCUCACGUCUAUAAUGUCAGCGAUCCGCCUUACCGCGGCCAACUCGCGACCGACGACUCAGGCUACCGCUCCAGCACGCCCGACACCGCCAUCGUGAUCGAUAAUGGCAGCUCCUCCAUCCGCGCAGGAUGGCAGACCGAUACCCUUCCGCGCCUCCAGUUCCCACCGUUCAUGGCACGCUACACCGACCGCAAGCUCAAUCGAAAACUCACCUUUGUCGGUUCCGAGAUUUACUUCGACGGCACAGCGCGUGGCCAAGCAAAGAACUUGUAUGAGCCUGGGAGCAACAUUAUCAACAACUGGGACGUGCAGGAGGGCAUCUUGGACUACAUCUUCAUCAAGCUGGGUAUAGACGGCACCAAUGGCGUUGUGGAUCGUCCGGUGGUCAUGACAGAGCCCCUGGCGAAUCUGGGCUAUUCGCGCAAGACGAUGAGCGAGAUACUGUUUGAAUUGUACGGAGUACCCAGCGUUGCGUACGGCGUAGAUUCACUAUUCAGCUACAGGCAGAAUGAGGGGAAGACGGGCUUGGUGGUCAGUAGUGCCCACAUGAGCACGCACCUGAUACCUGUGGUGAAUCAACAGCCUUUGAUUGCACACGCGACCAGAUUGGACUGGGGCCGGUCACAGUGCAGUGAAUAUCUCACGAGACUGCUCAAGGCGAAAUACCCUGGCUUGCUCACAUCUGGCAAGGUCAAUGAGACGCAAAUCGAAGACCUGGUGAGAAGCCAUUGCUAUGUCAGUCAGGACUACGACCAAGAGGCACAGAGAAUCUUGGAGUGGAGUGGGCUUGAGGACCGAGAUCACAUCGUACAAUUGCCAUUCCAGGAGAAAGAGGUCGUUCAGAAGACCGAGGAAGAGCUGAGGAUCGCGGAGGAGAAGAGAAAAGAGGCUGGAAGGAGGCUGCAAGAGCAGGCGGCGAAGAUGCGGUUGGAGAAGCUGGUACGAAAGGAGCAGGAAUUGGAGUACUUCAAGCAGUUGCAGCAGCAGAUUGCCGAAACCACAAAGAAGGAAGCCAGACUGCUCCUAGACGAGGAAGAGUUCAAGGACGAGCUCGCGCUGGACAGGAGGAUCAAAGAAAUGGAGAAGAGCAUCCGAAAGCAGAGAAACAAAGAUGUUGGUGACCUUGAAGAGGAGCCAGAGGAACCUCCUUCGUAUCCACUGCUGGACGUGCCAGAUGAGGAGCUGGAUGAGGACGGACUGAAGCAGAAGCGUCAGCAACGUCUGCUGAAGAGCAAUCACGACGCCCGGGCCCGUGCUAAGGCUGAGAAGGAAGCUGAAAAGGCCAGGCAGGCGGAGAUUCAGAGGCUUGACGACGCUCGUCGAGAGGCCGACCUGGACAGUUGGGUCGAAGAGCGGAGGGCAGCACGUUCGGAGGUCAUCCAGCGUAUGAAGGAACGAGAACGUCUCAAGGCAGACUUGGGCAACCGCAAGUCUCAAGCGUCACAAAUGCGUAUGAAACACAUCGCCAACCUCGCCUCCGACAAUCCUCAUGGUCGGAAGCGUCGGCGAGGCGGUAACGACGACGAUGGCUUUGGCGCCGAUGAUGCCGAUUGGAUGAUCUACCGCGAAAUCCAGCAAGGGCGUAAUGAUGAUGACGAAGAUGACGAGGAAGAAGAUCUCGGAGCGCAACUGAAAAGCAUCGAGUCGCAGCUGCUUAAGUUCGAUCCGGAUUUCACUGAGCAAAGCACUCAAGAGGCACAGAAAGACUGGACAAAGAGUUUACUGCACGCUUUUGCCCGGGGACCCUGGCCAUUCGAUCCCGAGAGUGCGAGGGAAAGCAACCAGUUUCAUCUCAACGUCGAGAGGAUCCGAGUGCCAGAAGUCGUCUUCCAGCCAAGUAUCGCAGGUGUUGAUCAAGCCGGUAUUGUGGAGAUUGCCGAAGACAUUCUAAUGGGUCGGCUUUCUGGCCAUUCUGAACGAGACGCCAUUCUCAAGGACGUUUUCAUCACUGGAGGGUAUACAUUGUUCAAAGGCUUUGAAGAGAGGCUGAAGAGUGAAUUGAGGGCUGUCUUGCCAGCUGACGUGCAGCUGGGCGUGAGGAGAGCCAAGGAUCCCCUUCUCGAUGCAUGGAAAGGUGCUGCCAGCUGGGCGGGGGAGAGAGAAAGCAGACAGGCGUUUGUAACAAGGGAGGAGUUUGCGGAGAAGGGUGGCGAGUAUAUCAGGGAGCACAACAUGGGAAACGUCUUCAGUUAA